UCUACGUACGGGAGCAAGAGGAGGAAACACGAACACAAGGAGCUCAGGAAAGUCGCUCCUGACUCUUAUACAAUGAAGAGGCUCAUUUGAGCUGCUAUUAAACGCUGUGACAAUGAUCCGGAUCCUGAGCGGGGCGUCCUUUAAGGCUGCUGGUGGACUGUUAAAGGACAUUCAAAGCAGACAGCUACACGGCACAUUUGACAUAGCUGUGGUAGGAGCUGGCAUUGUGGGCUUGGCCACAGCCAGAGAGCUGAUUCUGAGACACCCGUCGCUCAGCUUCGUCCUCCUGGAGAAAGAAAAGGAGCUUUCUUUACACCAGAGUGGGCAUAACAGUGGAGUCAUUCACAGUGGGAUCUACUACACGCCGGGAUCACUGAAGGCUCGCCUGUGUGUGCGAGGAGCCACUUUAGCCUACGAAUACUGUGAGAAGAAAGGACUUCCUUACAAGAGAUGCGGAAAGCUCAUCGUUGCUGUGGAGCAGGAAGAGAUUCCCAGACUGAAGGCUUUAUAUGAGCGCGGCAUGAAGAACAACGUGCGUGACCUCACCAUUGUCGAUGGCAAGGGCAUCCGGGACAGAGAGCCUUACUGCAGGGGGAUAAUGGCUUUGGAUUCGCCCUACACUGGUAUUGUCGAUUGGAGGAUGGUGGCUCUCAGUUAUGGUACUGACUUCAAGGAGGCAGGUGGCACUGUGGUAACUGAAUAUGAGGUCAAUGACAUUUCCAUGAUCAAGGAGAGCUCAGCAGGAAGCACAGAAGGAAUGAAAUAUCCACUUGCAGUCAGAGAUAACAAGGGUAAUGAGGUGCGGUGCCGUUACGUCCUGACCUGUGGGGGCCUGUACUCGGACCGUUUGUCACAGAUAUCCGGAUGCAGUCGGGAGCCACGGAUCGUCCCGUUCAGAGGAGAUUAUUUAGUCUUGAAACCUGAGAAAAAUUACCUGGUCAAAGGAAAUAUUUACCCUGUUCCUGACCCUCGUUUUCCAUUCCUCGGAGUUCAUUUUACCCCGAGGAUGGAUGGAAGUAUUUGGCUCGGCCCCAACGCUGUCCUCGCCUUUAAAAGGGAGGGUUACAAAGUGUACGACUUCAAUGCUCAAGACUUUGCUGAUGCGCUCUUGUUCAGAGGCCUUCAGAAGCUAAUAAUGAGGAACAUUACAUAUGGAGUUGGAGAAAUGUAUAGAGGACUUUUCAUUGGCGCACAGGUUAAAAAUCUGCAGAAGUACAUCCCUGAACUUUCCCUGAGUGAUGUGAUCAGGGGUCCAACGGGAGUUCGAGCACAGGCCCUCGACCGCGACGGAAACCUCGUGGAUGACUUUGUGUUUGAUGGCGGGGUCGGAGACGUGGGCAGUCGAGUGCUCCACGUGCGUAAUGCUCCUUCGCCGGCAGCCACCUCCUCCCUUGCAAUUGCUGAGAUGAUUGCAGAUGAGGUGGAGAACCGUUUUACUCUGUAGCAGAGGGAGAAGAGAAAACCAAAGAAAGUCCAGCUGUCAUGACUUCUUUAUUACAGGACAGGCCUUAAUUUAACUGAAUAAAGUGACUUAUCUGCUGCGGUUUUGUUUUUAACACUUUUUUAUUUUCGUGGUGCUACUUCGGGUUGUAUGUUUACUCCACCACGUAUGAAAGUACAGUUUAUUUUGUGCACUACAUUUCUGUCUAGAAAUAAAGUUUGCCAUGACAUUUGUAACUUCAAUGGCAUUAUCAUCAGUUUCUAACAUUAAAAUUAUAAUAUCAAUGUACAUCAACUGUGCAUAAAUGUGCACUUUAGAUUUAAACGAGGGCUCUUUAAUGGUUACAUUUCAGUACAGACAGUUUCUUUUUAAUUUUUCAAUGUGAUUUUUCUACCUGUAUGAAAGAGAGGUUUGAAGACUGUAUAGUCCGCUAUGAAUGAAUGAAGAGUUUCAGUGUCAUCAUGCAGGCUUUUAUCUAGAUGUUGGCUUAUGAAAUUCUUCAUGUAGCACACAGUUACCAAGAAAGAUCGGUUCGAUUUGACAGUUGUGCUACAAAGAUUGUUAAAUUAUAUCAUGACUAAAUAGUCUCUUUGUCUUAUUUAUGUUUUCAUUAAGGCAAAUUUAUAUUUUUUGUAGAGCUGCUGGUGAUUUCUCUUGAAUCUGUUUCAAACUCUGCACAUGUUCCUAAAAAUGUUCUGAUGUUUGUCUCUCUGUCAUUACAUUGAUUAUGACAAAUGAAUG